AGGUGAUGGAGUUUGUGAAGAAAAUGACAGGCAGGGAGUAUGUGGGCUUCAGCAACGCAACGUUUCAGUCUGAGAAGGAAACAGGAGACAGAAACUACGCAAUAGGAUACUACCUAAAAGAGAAGAAGUGUUUUCCUGAAGGGGCGGAUAUGAUAGACGCACUGGACUUUUAUUUCCAGUUGUGCGCCAUAGAGGUCACAUGUGAAUCUGGCAGCAUAAUGGCCGCUACACUGGCUAAUGGAGGCAUCUGUCCAAUCACAGGAGAGAGAGUUCUGAGCACAGAAGCCGUACGAAACACGUUGAGUCUCAUGCACUCCUGCGGGAUGUACGACUACUCUGGACAGUUCGCUUUCCACGUGAGUACAAGGAUUGUCUCUAUACACUGUCUGUCUUUAUAUGUAGUCAGAGUGUGA